AUGGCUUCUGUGCGUUCGAUAAGGUUCUUAGGAUCCGACCGGCAAUAAACCAACUGGAAAUGAAUUCAGUACAUUUCCGAAAAUUGUAGAACAAACAUGAAUUUUCUAAUCACACUUUUAAUCCCACUAACUUUGGCGGCAACAACGCCCCCAAAUCCAACCCUAAUAGGGGGAACCAAUUCUAACUGGGGUGACUUUCCUUCGGCUGUGUUUAUCCGAACUCCAAUUCUAAGCUACUGUGGAGCAGCCAUAGUACAUCCUCGAUUUAUACUAACUCUAGCGCAUUGUGUCUACGAUGAUCAACUAGGGGCUCCGAUGAAGCAGAACCAGGUGGAAGUUGUGGCCGGAGACAUCCAUUUCUAUCCGGCCUCCUACCAAAGGCAGCAACCGGAAGUGGUCGAGAUUAUUGUGCAUCGGAAUUAUACUUCUUACAACCAUAACGCAGAUAUUGCUCUGUUGAGGUUGGGUACGGCUUUCCAGCUGCCCUCGAAUACAGUGGAUGUGGCAAUUCGGCAGCAAAGGAUCGUGGCGAAUGCAGUUAGCUGUCAGCUGCCUGGUUGGGGUGUUAACCGAAAUGCUGCAAACGGUAUAAUAACAGCCGAACAGAAAUACAUACAACUUCCGAUACUAGACCGCGAUUUCUGCAACGGAGUGUCCCUACACGAGGGUCGCAUCCGCGAGAACAUGCUCUGUGCCGGAACGAUGCUCCAAAGCUACAACGCUCCUUGUACCGGAAACUUCGGAUCCCCCCUGUACUGCGAAGGUCAACUGACAGGGUUAUUGACCUUUGGAGCCAACUGCGGUGCCGAAAACGAUCCACCGGUUUUCACCCAGGUACGUUUCUUCAAUCGCUGGAUCGAUGAAGAAAUUCAACGUCGUCUUUGAGAUUGGAACGUAGCGUGCGCAAUAAUUCAUGAAUAAAUUGUUUUGUUUUGAUACUUUCCCAUGGA